AUGGUGAUCCAAAUCAAGGAUAAGACUGAGAUCUUCAAAAUCCCCAAUUAUGGGGGGAUACCCAAUGUCUACUUCGCGGAUUAUCUUGGAACGGUGAAUGAAAAGGCAAAUAAUCCCAUCGCCGGCGCUUGGUUUCGCAUUGAGAAAGGACCGGAAGCAACGCCCCCGACGUACGAUUACGACGAAGUUGGAAUUGUGAUUGAGGGUGAAAUGACUUUACGAGACAAGACAGGCAAAAGCAGAACGAUUGGAGUUGGUGAUACGUUCUAUUUCCCCCGGGGCAGUACAAUUACGUUUUCUUCGAAGAGCUACGGCAUCGCAUGGAAAUGUGGAGGAAGGCCAGUUGCCUUGUCCCUCAAAAACAGAGAUGCCUACCACCUAACUCGUCUUCAAACGUCCGAUAUGUCACGAUCCUCUAGAGAAGGGUUUCUGUGGACUCUACAAGGAACACUAGAAGGCCUAACAACAGAUGCCGUUCAAAAGAGUUCUUCAACUAUCCAGCAAAAUUACGAUGUCAUCGUUAUUGGGGCUGGAUUUGCCGGUCUUAUUGCAGCCAGAGACCUCAGCCAAAAACUCAGCCUUAAAAUCCUCCUUCUCGAAGCAAGAGAUCGAAUUGGAGGCCGCACAUGGACAGCCAAGGUCCUUGGUGAGGAGCUUGAGAUGGGGGGUACCUGGGUCCAUUGGGCUCAGCCCCAUUUGUAUAGCGAGCUGCGCCGUUACGGAUUACACACCAACUUGAAGACAUCUGCUGGCACUCUCGCGCCAGAAAAGCAAACCUUCAAACCCGCUGUAGGUCCACCUGAAGAAUUGCCCAUACAUGAGACUGCUGCAACAUUGGAUCGCGUCGCACAAUCGUUCUUUGCAGUCGAGGCACUUGAUAGCCGUGCUCUUAUGCCAUAUCCCCACGAACCAUUAAGGGAACCAGCUCUGUGGAGAAAAUAUGAUCAUUGGACGGUGCAGGAUCGAUUGGAUCAACUUGAGGGAUUUUCGCAGCGUGAAAAGGAUAUAUUCGAAUCGAAUCUCAGUACCUUCGGCAGUGCACCGGGUAAAGACAUAGGCUUUACCGAGGCACUUCGGUGGUACGCUUUGGGUGGACACAGUAUCGCCGGAGUGUUCGAAUUGGCAGGAAUAUAUAAGGUCGGGAAAGGAGGAAUGACAUCUUUUGCACAGGCAAUUUUGAGCGAUUACGCUGGAGAGCUUCUUUUUGGCACCGCUGUCAAAACGAUCAGUCAGGAUACAUCUGGGGUCAAGGUCGUGACUACUCGUGGUGAAAGCCUUCAGGCAAAAAUGGCUAUCUCGACCAUCCCACUGAACUGUCUCGGAGACGUCAAAUUUAACCCCCCGCUGUCUUCUCUUCGUCAAUCAGCAAUCAAGGAGGGCCAUAUAAACAAAGGCGCCAAGAUCCAUUUCAAGCUGCGUACAACUGAACCAGGAUGGUUUGCCACAGCAAGUGGGUCCAGUGAUUCAUCCUAUGUUUUUGCAUUCUCCGAUCAUAAUGGCACACAACCUGCUGGACCAUCGGGAACUUGGUGUAUUGGAUUCGGAUACAAUUUCCAUUUGACAAACAAGAAGGAUCACAAGCAUAUUAUUAAUCGGUUUCGAACGGAUAUUCACCAUAAAGCUGACGUCGAGGCGUAUGCAACUCAUGACUGGAUGAAUGACCCUUAUGCAAAAGGUGUUUGGGCCUGCUGGGGCCCUAAUUCCGCCUCGCGAUACCUGCAAGAGCUCCAGAAACCGCAUGGGCGGGUUAUUUUUGCCAGCGCAGAUUGGGCAGAUGGGUGGAGAGGAUUUGUGGAUGGAGCAAUUGAGCGUGGUCAACAAGCUGGUCAAGACGUUGUGACAUUCCUUAAGACUGGUUCUGGAUCUCUGCAAGCUAAUUUGUAA